CUUGUUGUCAAAUUAACACGUUCGCGGACACUAGACGUUUUUAGACUUUCUGCAGCGUCUUGGUGAAGCGUCCACGAACGGAUUAAUUUAUAUUUAGAACCGUAAUACCAUACAAAUCUCUAGCAAAAUGAAGUGUGGCUUCGUGCUGCUUUUUGUGAUCGCGUCAUCAUCAGCCAUGAUGUCUCUGGUAGAUUUAUUCCGAAAGGAGUUUGAAGGUUUCAAGAAAAUGCACAACAAGAUUUACAAGUCAGCGGUAGAAGAAAUGCGUCGCCUAGAAAUAUACGCUCUGAACAAAUACAAGAUAAUCCAACACAACGAGCUGUUCGAUCUAGGACUGGUCUCCUAUAAGCUCAAAGUGAACAAGUACUCCGAUAUGGAGCAUGAAGAGUUUAGCCAAAUUAUGAAUGGACUCAUCUACCAUGCUGACGACAAUUCCACAAGUCACAGUUCACGUGUUACUAGAGCAGCCUCGAACCUUCCUGAUCAGGUGGAUUGGCGAGUAAAAGGAGCAGUGACGGCCGUGAAGGACCAGGGAAAUUGCGGAUCAUGUUGGGCUUUCAGUACUACGGGCGCUCUCGAAGGGCAGGUCUACAUCAAACACAACCGCUUGACGUCCCUAUCGGAGCAGAACCUGGUCGACUGUGCGGGCAACUACGGAUGCCAUGGCUGCCAGGGCGGGUGGAUGAACAGUGCCUUCUCCUUCAUUAAGGACAAUGGUGGGAUUGACACUGAGGCUUCGUAUCCUUAUGAGGCGAAGAAUGAUCAAUGCAGGUAUAAUGCCCAGAAUUCGGGCGCUACAAACAAUGGAUACAAGACGAUUCCCAAUGACGAAGAGAAACUGAAGGAGGCAGUAGCAAACAUUGGGCCUAUAGCAGUAGCCAUAGACGCAGGACACGCAUUCCAGCACUACUCAGAUGGAGUGUACUAUGAAAAGGAUUGCUCUUCUUCUAAACUCAAUCACGGGGUUUUGAUUGUGGGCUACGGAACCGACGCAACCGGCGGAGACUACUGGCUCGUGAAGAAUUCCUGGAGCAAGGGGUGGGGCAAGGACGGUUACAUCAAGAUGGCGAGGAACCGUAACAACAACUGCGGCAUCGCUAGUGCCGCUUCUUAUCCUACUGUGGAUUAAUGUGGAACCUAAUGUAGUUGGGGAAGUUUGUAUAAGUCAACUGAGGUAAAAGCGUCUUUAAAGAUAUCUUCUAAGUAGAACAUUUUAAACAACAGCAAUCCAUCUUGCUCAAAAUAUGACCACGGAUCUUGGAAUGUAGUUGACUAUAUUUUCAAAAGAUGCAUUUAUACCCAGUGACCCAUAAAUUUUACCUCAGUUGACCUGACGACCUUUUUUUUAUAAAUAAGUACCUUUAUUUUCAUAAAUGUAACAUCGCAAUCAAAAUAUAAUUUAAAUCAUAAACGUCGCGUCGUCUUUGCUGGAAAAUUUAGACCCCUGGGAAAUUAGUGGUAAAAUCAAUAAUUAGUUAUUCCAAUUUGGAAUUCAUAAAUAAAAUCAGACUAUUCAAA